AUGAAAACAGUACUUCUUCCCCGAAGAACCAAGCCGGCCUCGGAGUCGACGGAAAAGCCUGCUGCUGAUUCUCAGGAGAAGAAUGCAGCUCCGGAAUCAGAGGCGAAGCCGGAACCAGACUCUCAGCAGUCGUCGUAGAAAUGAAAUAGGGGAAAGAGAAUGGGAUCGAUCGAUCGAUCGAUCGAAAGAAGAAAGAGCUCUUCUUCAAAUGGAAGGAACAAUAUUAGUACCUGUUUUAGUUUACUUCACUAUUUUGAU